GUGUGUUCACUUACUAAUAUCCUUUUCUUUUUUUGAGAGGACUACGACGUCGUUCCUUUUCAUUUCCCCUCUUUGUUUCGAUUGAACCCUAGAAAUUAUCUAUAUGGUUUGCAGUAAUUGUUCGAGAUUUUGAUCACCUGAAGCCUUCAAAAUGGAGCUGGCUUCCAUUCAUCUCAGCUCCUACUACGCCGUUUCGCCUAUACGACCACCGGCAUCUGCCGCCAGAAGCUCAUCUUCGUCCCUUCCUAUUAUCAAAGCUACCUUUCCAGAGAUUUAUUCAUCUCGUUUCGUUUCUAAAUCCAAAGGCUUUCUCUUGCCAAGUGAGAAAGUUAGAUGUUCGUCUUCGUCCCAUGCUGCUGGUCUUGAUAAUGCAACAGCUGCAGCGAGUGGAUCAGCUCAAGAACAUGUGUCCUCUGCCGAGAAACAUAUUAUAGAAGAUGACACUGCUAAUAAAAAUGAUAGGAAACACCAAGAUAGUGUGGCUACUGAACAAUUGGAUGACAAUAAAAUGAUACGCAUCUGCGACAAACUAAUUGGAGUCUUUAUGGUUGACAAGCCCACACCAACUGAUUGGAGAAGAUUAUUAACUUUUAGCAAGGAAUGGGACAAUAUUCGACCCCACUUUUAUAAGAGAUGUCAGGACCGAGCAGACAAUAACGAUGAUCCUGGAAUGAAGCAUAAACUACUUCGGCUUGCAAGGAAGCUGAAAGAGAUAGACGAGGAUAUCCAAAGACAUGAUGAGCUUCUUGAUGCAAUUAGCAAGUCACCAUCUGAAGUUGGCGAAAUUGUAUCUAGGCGCCGUAAAGACUUCACUAAAGAAUUUUUUGUCCAUCUUCAUACUGUGGCAGAAUCAUACCAUGACAAUCCAACAGAGCAAAAUGCUGUGGCAAAGCUUGGGAAUACAUGCAUAGCUGCCGUGCAAGCAUAUGAUACUGCAACUGAAAGUAUAGAAGCGCUAAACUCUGCAGAGUUGAAAUUUCAAGACAUUAUAAACUCGCCUUCUGUUGAUGCUGCUUGCCGGAAGAUUGAUAAUUUGGCUGAAAAAAAUCAACUUGAUUCAGCACUCGUCCUCAUGAUUACAAAAGCUUGGUCUGCUGCCAAAGAGUCAAACAUGAUGAAAGACGAGGUAAAAGACGUAUUAUUUCAUUUAUACAAAACAGCCAGAGGUAAUCUCCAGAGGCUUAUGCCUAAAGAAAUCAGGAUACUCAAGUAUUUACUAACAAUUGAAGACCCUGAAGUGCGUAUGAGUGCAUUGCACGAUGCUUUUACACCAGGAGAAGAACUUCAAGGAAUGGAUGUUGACUGCCUUUACACGACGCCGGAGCAGCUGCACACUUGGAUUGGGACAGUGGUUGAUGCGUACCAUUUCAGCCGAGAGGGCACACUCAUAAGAGAAGCCAGGGACAUGAUGAACCCAAAGGUUAUCCAAAAACUGGAAGAGUUAAAGAAGACCAUUCAAGAUAACUUCAUGUGAACCCAUAUGCUUUUGUGACUUCUCCAAUUAUCACACCUCCACAACGACAUCCCUAUGACGAGCACAAGUGCUCUGCGACCUUAUUGCAAGCCGGUUUCUUUGUGAUGAAUUUCUGGGAAGAAUGCUGGAAGAGGAAUUGCAGGAAAGAAAGACCCAUUUCUACUUUGUACAGUAGGAGAUAUUGUGUUCAGUGUCAACAAUUCAUUUCAUUUAAGUAAAAUAGGUCUGAGGAUUGGUUAGAUGUGGUUUACCUAAAUAUGAAGCAGAUUUGUGUAGAAAUUGCUAAUUUUAAGUAAUAAUGCAAAUACAUGCUCUUUGGAAACA